CAGAUGAUAUAUCAGAAAACACACAUUAAACCCAACCCAAACCUAAAAAGAGGCUUCAACGACGACGCUGGUUCUUAUCUCUCCUCCUCCUCCUCAAACUCCCUCGUUCUCCGUCAGUUAGUUUCUCCAAAGAAAAAGAUGCCAAAGGUGAAGACAAACAGAAUAAAGUACCCAGAGGGUUGGGAGUUGAUAGAGCCUACUCUUCGUGAGUUCGAAGCCAAGAUGAGAGAAGCUGAGGUGGAUACACAUGAUGGCAAGAGAAAGUGUGAAGCUUUGUGGCCAAUCUUUAAACUUUCUCAUCAGAGGAGUCGCUAUGUUUAUGACCUCUAUUACCGUAGGGAGGAGAUCUCUAAAGAGCUUUAUGAGUUCUGCUUGGAUCAGAACUAUGCUGAUCGUAACCUCAUUGCCAAGUGGAAAAAGUCAGGAUAUGAACGUUUAUGCUGCUUGCGAUGCAUUCAGCCAAGAGACCACAACUAUGGGACAACAUGUGUAUGUCGUGUUCCAAAACACUUGCGUGAAGAGAAGGUGGUUGAAUGCGUUCAUUGCGGUUGUCAAGGAUGCGCUAGCGGCGAUUAACUAAUCUAUCUCUCUUUUUCCUUUGACAAACCCUCACUGUUGUUAACUAUGCACCCUAAAACCCUGUCUAAAUUUUAUUUGCAACACCUCUAUCAACUCUUUUGCUGUUGAAAUCAAAAAGAUGUUCCCGGUUUGGUCUACAAAUGAUUUAAGAGAAUGGUUUGGGUUUAGUAUUUGACCAAAUCAAUCAACAUGAGUGUGUUAUAUGCUGGCUGAAAUUAUCAAUCGAGUUUAAAAAAAAAAGAGUUAAUUAGUA